GGGAAGCGAGCUAGCAAAUGUUCCCAACGUUAUCCAAGUUUCUCUUAAAGAAGUAAAGAAGGAAUACUAUCAAUACAAACACAUAUGAUAGUAUUUUCUCAUUCAUUUUAGAUGACAGAAAAGCAGUUAAAAUGUCCGCUUCAAUUACAGCUGGUGUUGUGCAGUACGGUCGGAGAAAAGGCUCGGGUAAACAAGUUUUGAAUUUGGACAUGGAGAAAAUCGAAGCAGAUCGACCUCCAGAUCUUCGUCAAGUGGCUGUUUUAUCCAAAUCGGAUUGGCAACGGAUUCAGGACAGUGUGAACGGAGUGAAUAAACACAAUCAAAGUGUCAUUGAAGCAGCAGAACAGAAGGAGGCGCUGCACGUGCGCUCUAAAGAACUUGUCAAGCAUUGGUCCAACACCAUUGCUGGACAACGGCAAAAAAAGCUAGAGGCGAAAAAAAUCCGUGAGGCGAUUGAAGAAGAAGAGAGGAAACUGAUUGACAUCGAAGAAGCGAAAUAUCAAGCCCAGAAACGAAAGGAAGCGAUUGAGAAAGCGAAGGCCCAACAGUACUACCAGACGGAUAGAGUGAAAGAAUUUCAUCGUGCUUUGUUGCUGGCAGAGGUCCUGAAGGAAAGAGAAGCUCAGAUUGAGCUCAAGCAAAGAAAGCAGAAUGCCAGCAAACACAUAGAUAAAGAGAUUUUAGCAGUCAUGGCAAGUAAAGAUGAGCAGGCCAUCCAGCAAGAAGAGCAAAAAGUCCUGCAAAAGAAACAAAAUCAAGUUGCUGUUUCUGAGAGCUUGCAACGACAGAUUAAAGACCACGAAGUGACGAAAGAGCAAGAGAGGCAGGAGAUCAGAAAGGAGGCUCAGGAAAUCGAGCGACUCAGAGAGCUUCAUUAUUGGGAACGGGCCAUGGCUGAGCAGAAGAAAGAAGAUGAGAGGAGAAAUAUGAUGAAGGCUCAUCGUGAGCAUCUGACCAACAGAGAAGCCAUGAGAGCAGCAGAGGCCCGGAGAUUGGAGGAAGAGGAAGAUAAACAGAAGCAGAUGGCCAACCAUAAAAAAACUGUGAUGAAACUGAGGAAAGAAAAGCAGGAGGAAAUAUUCAGAGAGCUUCAGAGACACAGAGAGGCCAUUAUAGAAAAGUUAGCAGUACAGAAGCAAGAACAAACCAGUAAUGAAGAAGAGAUCAUGGCCAAGGCGAUUGCCGAGCGAGAGGCCAGACAGGCCCGAGAACAGCGUGAGAAAGAGGAGAAACAUGCAGCUAUGAUGAAAUCUAUCGCAGCGCACAGAGAGAUCACAAGGCAAGAACAGGAGCGAAUAGCAGAAGAGGAGAAACAGAAAGAGCUGGAGAUGCUUAACGCGAAGAGGGAAGCGGAUCGAAUCUUCAUGGAAAAGCAAGAGCUUCAAGCUCAGAAGACUCGAGAGGAAGGAAAAACAUUACAGGACAUCUACAUGCAUGAGAUGGCUGAAAAACGUGCAAGGGAGAAUCGCACAAAAAAAGAAGAGCAGAAUUUUGUGAUGAAGAACACAUCUCUAACUGUUGAGGAGGAACAUGAGUUCCAGAAAUAUGCCAAACAUGUGAUCGAAACGGCGGGGAGGGCUGGAAGAAACACCUACCCACUCAUGAAAGCUGCCAGAGAGGGCAUUGGUGGAGGCCUGGGACCAAUAUUUGGUGGACUUAGACCAAGUUAUAUAGUCCGAGAUGAGUCAGGUGUUCAAAUGCCCAAAUAUGUGAGCGGCACCACUCAAAGCAUAAAAGAGUUGAAUGAAACUUCCAACAUUCACCAGGCCAAGAAAAGACUUGGAUUUACCUGGUAAUACUUUACAUCAUCUAAAUGUUAUAAU